CCGAAGAUCUGGCCGUCGAUGAAAGCCUCCAUUGGCUGCUGCCGAGCCACCCACCAAUCAUUGGCUUCUGUGUGCAUCGUUGUCUUGUUGGGGGUGGCUGGCAUGGCGGUCUUCAGCGAUCUCGCCAAACUCAUUUUGGGUGAGACAGGCAUCUUGCUUCUCUUGAAAGUAUGCAAGUACAGCAUACAAAGGUUAACUGCCGGCUCAAGCAUUAUCCUGGCGCAUACAGGUAUACGAAGCAGCAGUAGUACUUCAUACUAACCUCUACGGGCCUCGAGAGUCUUCACGUGGUUGUGAUCCUGCAUGCGGAUUCGGCCGAUCUUGUCUCACCAGGCUGUCGUAGUGCUCUCUAUGGCAGGCCAUUCGGUCAUUGCCGUGCAGGCAACACGCUGGCAGGCUGCGAGAUGCUACGCUUCUUGGGCGUUUGGCGGCCCUUACAUUUCCUCAGGUGACUGGGCUAUUCAGUGCCAUCUACGGGGUACGUCAGCAAAUCAUCACUUGGUUGGUCCGGCAGACUCUGGAGCUGAAAGUCAUUGGUGCCCGCUCCAUGCUUUUAAUGCUGUUGCUGAGCAGCUAGCGCCACAGAGGCUGCCCUUUUUUUUCUCAGAUUUAUCCUUUUUGGAGGCAUUGGGCUUGUUGCGAAGCCGCGGGGCUGAGUUUGGCCCCAUCCGUUUCUUCCGCGAAGGGGAUAAGUUCACUGCUGUGUCAUCACUAUUAUAGCACCGUUAUUUAUUUCUACUUGUCCUCAUUAAUACAUAGUUGCGUAGCUACCAUAUUAGUAGCAG